UGUAACUUUUUAUGCAUAUACUUAUAGAGACUUAAUAACAAUGUUGACUGUGAAGAAACUAGAGAUUAUCUCUCAUGUAACAAGCGUAGGGCUUCAUGUCUUAACUAACUCUUUAUGUAGGGAGUCUUUAAAUAGCAUCUUUUUUCUACUCGACACUUCACUUGCAGACUGACGAUCGGAUGUGCUAUGUUAAAUUAUAGCUUUAAGUUAAUAUUAAGGCGUAUCUUAACAACUACCCAGAUACCUAAUAUUUUUUAAAUAAAUCUACGUGGAUAACGUAACAAUAUUAUUGUUUCUUCAAUGAGUGAAUUAACUGUACCUGAAACGGAGUGUUUGAGUGAUCAUCGCCGGGCGUCGUCCAUCAUGAACAAGAAAUCUCAUAAAAAGAAGCAGAAAAGGCGCGGCCGGAACGAUGGCCGCAAUAAGGAGAACAUCAUCGAGGCGGGAUCCGAAGACGGCAAGGAAGCUGAGGCGGAGAGUGAGGCAAAGCCGAAGAAGGAGCUAUGUUACGAGAUCAAGCAUUCUGAUGUUAUGGGGAGGUACAUAGCGGCUACCAAGGAUAUAAAACCAGGCGAAGUGAUCAUAGAGGCGCCCGCGCUUGCCGUGGGCCCUUGCUCUGGCUGCGCGCUCAUCUGUUUGGGUUGCUACCGCGAACUGGACGAAGGCAACUUGACCAAAUGCACAGGCUGCAAAUGGCCGCUCUGCAGCAGCAAGUGUUUCGGAGUGGGCCGAUACACCGGCCACUCCACGUACGAAUGCGACACACUGAAGUCUGUGCCACCCGACUACAGCAGGCUUGAAGACUUGAAGGAUUCCUAUCAAGCCCUUAUGCCUCUACGAUGUCUAUUACUAAAGAAAGCGGAUCCAGACAAAUGGGCAGCCGUCUCAGCAAUGGAAGCUCACAACAGUGUCCGUCGUGAAAGAGGCGACAUCUUUCCCAUGAAUGACAGAAACGUGGUGCAGAGGCUCAAGAGCUGGAACCUAGAGUAUGACGAGGAUGAGGUGCACACUGUCUGCGGUAUUUUGGAGGUAAACGCUUUCGAAGUGGGUGGCACUGGUGCUAAUGCCCGUGCGCUGUACGACGCAGCGUUUCUCCUCGCACACGACUGCACGCCGUCCACGACGCACACGGACGCGGAACGUGCACCCGCACGCACGCUGACCGUACGCGCCGCAGUUCCGCACGCGCCUGGAGACAUCAUCACUCUGUGCUACGCUUACACUUUACAGGGUACACUAAGACGUCGAGAGCAUCUAAGGCUAAGUAAAUUCUUCGAGUGCGCUUGCAAGCGCUGCUCAGAUCCAACUGAGUUAGGCACUUAUGCCAGUGCGUUCCGCUGCCCACGAUGCAGUGGAAGAGUUCUGAGCAGUGCACCGCUAACUGCUGCUGCUCCUUGGCAGUGUGAAAAUUGUCCUUAUGAAAUGCCCGCUGUUGCUGUACAAAUUUUGAUCAAGAAGUUAACCGAUGAGUUUGAACAAAUAGACGCCAACGAUGUCCAAGGCUUUGAAAACUUCCUGACGAAAUACCGCAAUGUUUUACAAGAUAGCCACUACCUCUGCCUGUCCGCUAAGCAUUCCUUAAGCCAGCUGUAUGGGAAGGUGACUGACUACAUGAUACAUGAGAUGCCGGAGGAGAAGCUUCACAGGAAAGUGGAGAUCUGCAGGGAUUUGAUGAAAGUGUUUGAUUUGAUUGAGCCGGGAUAUUCUAGAUUACGAGGUAUUACUUUGUAUGAAUUGCAUGCGCCUCUCAUGGUCCUGACAACGAGGGACUUUGAAAGAAAUGCUAUUUCAAAGGAGAACCUACGGAAUCGUCUAAAAGAGAUCGUAAGCUACCUGACCCAGUCGGCUCUAAUCCUGAGCUUCGAGCCGCGUCAUACGCCUGAGGGGCUGAUGGCGUCGGCGGCAUCAGACGCGCUGCGCAAGAUCAAAACGUGGGAGCAAAUCAUCGGCAAGAUCUCCUGAACUAUGACCAUGUACAUUUCUAGUGUAUAGGCCAGGGUGCAGUGGCGUGCAGUGCAGUUCAUAGGGGCACAAAAGCACUGCUUAGCCAAGUUUAAAUAGCUUCGUGCUCAUUUUUCAUCGUGACAGUCUUAUUGACGGUCACGAUGAAAAUUGGUAGGUGUAAUUUAAAUAAGUAACGCCUACCCUGGCUUCAAAACUUAUCCCCGCCACUGCCAGGGUGUGUACAAUGUAACUUUAUGGCGUCGAUAGUCGAUGUAGCUAACGGGUUUCUAGGCCCUGAAAAAUAUUCUUUAAGUUACGCUUACGCUACGCUUACUAUGCGUUAAUCUGUAAAAUUGUUGGAAAUGUCUUUUUUCCAUUGUUAAUAUUAAUCUCCUUAAUUAACGAUUGAUUUACGUCUCAACAGUAGUUCGAUUAUUAUUAGACUAGUUUACGUAAUUUACGGCUUGGUUAACGUUAACUUAAAAAGUUACAAGAGAGCUAACUAAUAUCGUCGGCUGUAUAAUCCUAAUCAUCAUUAAAUUAAAAAUAACUGAAAUGGCAACCAUGUAAUUAAUUAAUAAUAUAAUAUGUACCUUUUACUUAAAUUUUUGUACCUACUUACAUUGUAUAUUAUGUAUAAUUCAUUCCUAGAAAAAGACAUUGAAAUUAUAUCAAAGGAAUAAAAAAACUUUCAAAAAAAUACAACACAUAAAGUUGGAUGUAUUAUUAAAAUAAUCAAAUUUUAAAAAAUAUAAGUACCUAUACCUACCUGGUAAUAUUAUGUUUAU